GCACCCACCCACAAAUAAACAAACAAGGGGAUGUGGUGAGAUCUGGGGGAAGAAGAGCGAGGUGGAAACAAACAAGCCACCGCUCCGUGACGCAGCAGCUCCCGAUCUUGCGAGGCGCGCGGGGAGAUCCAGAGCCAGACGGGGAUCGCGUGCUGGUUUCCCCGCAGCAGCGGAGGUGGAGGUUCGGGGGACGUGGGGGGGUCCGGGCUGACGGAAUUGGCAGCAGCAGCAGCUGGAAAUGGAGUGGUCCUGGCAAUGGCCUUGGAGCUGGGCCUGGGGAGCCGAGGAUGAAAAGGCUGCCCCAGGGAAAGAUGAAGCAUCGGAUGAAGGCUGGGAAGAAGUGACAAUGGAAGGAGUGGACACCAAAAUCCGGCUGAUCCUGGUCGGAAAAUCUGGAGGUGGGAAGAGUGCCACGGGCAACACCAUCCUUGGCCGGAGGGAGUUCAAGUCUAUCUUGGCAUUAAAAACCAUCACCCUGGAGUGCCAAAGUGGGGAGGGAAGCUGGCAAAACAAGAAGAUCUCAGUGGUUGACACGCCUGACAUUUUCGGUUCUGAAGAUUAUGAUGAAAUUAUGCAUGAACAUAUUAGGGCUUGUGUCAAACUCUCCCAGCCCGGACCCCAUGCCCUGAUUUUUGUUACCCAGGUGGGGCGCUUCACCACGGAAGAUGCGGCUGCUGCAAAACGCAUCUGGGAUAUUUUUGGGGAGCAGUCCGCCCAGUACACAAUCGUCCUCUUCACCUGCGUGGAGGAUUUGGGAGGGAGCCUCCUGGAUGAGUACGUCACACAGUCUGACAACAGGAAUCUUCAGGAACUGAUCAGGAGGUGCGAGAACCGCUACUGUGGGUUCAACAACAAGGCCACAGGAACCGAGCGGGAAAGGCAGGUCUCGGAGCUGAUGGAGAAAGUGCAGAACACCAUUGCCAAGAACGGGGACAGAUACUACGUCAACCGGAUGUGGGACGAGCACAUCCAGAUGUUGAGCGAGCAGAAUCAAUGGCCAGACAAAAUCAAAUACAUCAUCUGCCACCCUCAAGAAACGUUCGUUUCAGUGGGUCGAUUUCUGUUAUCAUUCCUAAAUGACAUGAAUGCAAACAGAGGUCUCUCUCAACUCACAACAAGUACUCUGACCAUUCAGAGUUCCAACGACCCUGAAAAAACAGACUUAUGAUCGUUUUUCACCCUUAAUGACUCUUACAACAUCCCAGGAUCAGGCGAUCAAAAUGUGGGUGUGUGGCAACUGACUCAUCUUUAUGACUGCUGCAGAAUCCUGGGCUCAUGGCAACCUUCUGAUCGGCAAAAUCCAGGGGGACGCCAGGAUUCACUGAACAAGCAUGUUAUUAACUUAACCCCUGUACUGAUUCACUUAUAAAGGUUAUAAAAUGAGCCAAGCUCGCUUAACAGUCUUGCUGAACAAUAGAAAUGGGAUCAUUUGGUUCAGCUGCAGUUGCACAUUGAGGUCUUCCUGCAUAUGUUGAUCACGGUUUCACGUUGCCUCCAAAUCCAGAAAUGGUGUGAUUUUUUAAAAUUCCACUUUCUUUGCUCGAGAAAUAAAAACUCACAGAGCUGCAGAUCUGGUGUCCUCUCCACUUCUCUUUGCCUUUAACUGCUGAAAUGUGCGUGGAGGAGAGAGGGGAGAUUAGCCAGGGGUCCUUGGACGGAGGAGCCAAUGUUGCGAUGACACAUCGCGCGGACCUGACAGUCCGAGUCUGCCGAUGAAACUUUUGUCCUUGGAUGGUCCAGUAGGACCUAAACUGUCCCAAAGAGAUGGUGACAGGGAAGCCAAAACCUUGCUGGUCACAGGGACAACACAAAGUCCCUGAUUGACCCAAGGGUAGUCCUUCCAACUGAAGACAAACAGACAGCCCCCAGGCUGGCAUAGUCAGAGACAGACGAAGCGAAAGCGUUCCAUCUGGUGAGGGUUUUUUUUCUUUUUUUACUUUCAGAAGAUCUGCGUUAAGAAACUUUUUCAAAAAAAAUAAUAAUAAUAACUAGUCCUCAAAGUAAGAAUAAAGCAGCGAAUUUAAUACUUAUUGGACUGCUACUAGAAAAUUUCCUGUUCUGGUUUGUAACGAUGUUUUGUGCAUUGAAGUAAUUGUAACGUUUCCUGUUUCCCUGCUUGAAGUCUAUGGACUGAUCUUCUUUCCUCUAUUUUUUUUACUACCCUAUUUUUUUCUGUUGGCUUAAAUUAAACUUCUCUUAUUUCAACAAGUUUUUCCUUCUAUUGGUUAAAAUUAUAUUAAAGAUAUCUAAGGAAAAAGCAUAAAAAAAUAAUUGAAUAAUUAUUGAAUCUGCCACUUGGAAGCCAAAGCCUGAACUUUGUUUUUCUUUGGACACAAUGUAUCCUUUGUUCUGCUACAUUUGGCUUUACUGACCUUGCAACGGAAUGGUUUGGAAUUUGCUUAUAAAACCUGAUAAAGACUUAAAAGCACGAAACCUAUUUUGUUAGUGCUCCUGGAAAACAUUUUGGCAAGAGAAGGAAAAGACAAGCAAGAGAUAAGAACCCUUCUACUUUAAAAACUU